CUCUACGGGAAGUGAUGUGGGGCCAGACGGAAAAUACCCGCCGAGAACCCAAAAAGGGCCGGCAACGGGUGGACGCGAAGCGCGCGCAAGAGCAGCUGCGUGGGGACAGCGAGGUGGAGCCAGACAAAAAGUAAUCUUUUUGAAGAGGACAUGUGAUUGGAAGUUGUCUAAUUGUUGAAGUUUGGGAACAGCAUUUCUAAAGUUUUAGAAGAACACCCAACGAUUUAUACUCCAUCAGGUGAACCACUGAGUUCUUCAUUAUGUCUGAUGGAGAUUAUGAUUACCUCAUCAAGUUUUUAGCUUUGGGAGACUCUGGAGUGGGGAAAACCAGUGUACUUUACCAGUACACAGAUGGCAAAUUUAACUCCAAAUUUAUCACAACAGUGGGCAUUGAUUUCAGGGAAAAGAGAGUGGUGUACAGAGCCAAUGGGCCAGAUGGAGCCAUUGGUAGAGGUCAGAGAAUCCACCUGCAAUUAUGGGACACAGCAGGGCAGGAGAGGUUUCGUAGCUUGACAACAGCAUUCUUCAGAGAUGCUAUGGGGUUUCUUCUGCUUUUUGAUCUGACAAAUGAGCAAAGUUUCCUCAAUGUCAGAAACUGGAUAAGCCAGCUACAAAUGCAUGCAUAUUGUGAAAACCCAGAUAUAGUGUUAUGUGGAAAUAAGAGUGAUCUAGAAGACCAGAGAGUAGUAAAAGAGGAAGAAGCAAGAGGACUUGCAGAGAAAUAUGGAAUCCCCUACUUUGAAACUAGUGCUGCCAACGGGACAAACAUAAACCAAGCAAUCGAGAUGCUCCUGGACCUGAUAAUGAAGCGAAUGGAACGGUGUGUAGACAAAUCCUGGAUUCCUGAAGGAGUGGUACGAUCCAAUGGUCACACCUCCACAGAUCACUUGAAUGAAGAAAAGGAGAAGGGGAUAUGUGGCUGUUGAAGAGUCCAGUGAGCUACACAAUAACUCAAGGGUCUGUGAUCUUCUCUGUGUGUAAUACAUGGCACAGAGAGAGAUGAACCGACGUGUACAAACUGCUUCUCACCGUCCCAAUUAGAGCUGUCAAUUAAAGCAUCUGGUUUCAAAAUUAAUUUGCUGCAGCUUUGUAAAUAUUUAAGAUUCAGCCUGAGAGUUGUGAGAAUGUUUCACAUUGCUAAAAGUGCCUUAUAAAACUUUAGCCCAUGACAGUAGAUCAUUCAAGAAUUGAGGAUUCUGUGGUUACAGAAAAGUACAUUUAUUAAGUAGAAUGACUAAAGAUGCCAUCACCUGCCUUAACAUACAUCAGUCCAGAGUCCAACUCUUAAAAUCUUAGGUACAAUUAUAAAACAAUCCAAAUUUUAAAAACCAUACUUGUACUCUAGGUGACCUUGUAAAAUGCCAUCUAAACCACUUGAAUGUUAACUAACAAUAUAUACAAAUGUCAGUUCAAUAUCUGUGAGUAUUUAUAUAAAUAUUAUCUUUAAAAUGAAUAUAGGAUAAAUUAUGGUUAUGUCUAUAGACUCUGGAUAAACUGGAUUGACCAGUUAUACACUCGCUUUGACUCUUGGUAGGUAAGGAAUUGGGGAUGAGGUCGGGGGUGUCUUAAUAUAGCAUGAGCAACUGAAGUGGGGCUUCUAGCUCCCUGCUAUAUUCCCACUGCUCUGAAGGGUUGAUCGAAGGAUCAGGGAAUUAGAUUUUUAUGGCUUUAUUUCACUGUGACCUGUGCAUUUAUAUUUGGCUUAUGUGCUGGCCACAUUUGGACAUAGCUGGUGCUUAUGCUGAAGUUAUUUGUGAUAAGUAAACAUUUAGCUUCUUUGUCUUCAUAUUUAUAAUGUUGGUCUGGCAUCCUCAGACAGUAGUUUUAAUUAGCUUAUGAACUACUAAUCUUUUGUCUCACCAUCAUGCUUUAUGUCAUUGAUAUUUGCAAUUUGUUUUAUUUUUUACAUUGGUGGAAUUGAAGGAAUUAGUUUUUAAUUACAUAAAAUGUUUGUUUGCUAUUUGGUAGAUAAAAGAUGUUUGUAUUUAAGCAGUUAUACUAUAGCUGAAUAUAAGAAAAAUGAAGCUUUCUAUAGCCUGUAUUUUUUAUUGAGAUCACAGGCAUUUAUUGCACUUGCUGGGUCUUGCCAAGCUCAUGGAUUCCUCUGUAAUGCUUAAGAGUCUUCAUAUCAAAUUCAAGGUAGUUUUAAAAUAUGCCUUAUGGCAGGUGUUUAUAAAGGUCAAUAGGGGAAAAUUCUUAUUUAUUAAAGUGGUUUAAAGAAAUUAGAUAAAAAGUUCCAAAGAGCUUAGUCGCUAUUUAGGAAGAAAUAUCACUCAUUGUAAUUUAGACAAAGAAUAAAAGUAAAUGUAUUUUGUGGUGGCAAAUGCUUGAAAGAACUGUAAUGAUAAAAAUACAGUGAUGAUGGAAAGUAAUUAACUUUUAUAUGGUAAUUUUCAAAUAGUUUUUUAUUGAGUAUCCUGUUUUUUUGCCAGUUCCCUCCCACCACUCCUUUAAAACACCUAGCUGUGGUUACUAAGAUCUUACAUAUUUCUAGUCUUGAAAUGAAGACUUCUUUUAAAUACUGAAGAAGUCAUUGAGUCCUGUGCAUUUGAACUGUGUUAUUUCAGUGAGACGAAGAUUCAGACAUUACAAGGGCAGGGUCAUAAUCACAAGCAGUGCCUUUUAAAGUUGCUGUAAGACUUCAGUGAGGUGAAUUAUAAUUUUACUGCUACGUAUCAGGCAGCAUUUUAUAUAUAGUUAAAAAGAAGACAAUAUUUGUAUGUUUCACUUUUUCAAGAACCAAAUGAGCAAUUAGCUAUAUAUCCCAUUGGCCUUAUCUAUAAUACACAAUUAAACAUAUACAUGAUAGAGUGCACAUGCAGGAACUAUCUUUAAUUAUUGAAAUAAAUAACCUGUAUUCUCUUGGGAAAUCACUUGUUUGAAUUUGCUAUUGAAGUAACAUUUUUUGCAUCAAUGUAUUUUUCUAUUUAUAAGAUUGUAUAAAAGUGAAGUGUAUCUUCAGUGAACUUUGUGCCAAUUAAGCUUAUAAUUAAAAAGUAGUCUAGUCAAGUUUGUGUGUGAAUAUAAUUUCAUUUCCUAUCACAGUAAAGUUUCAAAGAAGAAGUUAGAAUACUAGAGAAAACUAAAUUCAGGGAUAGAAAUUUCAUUAGAUGUUUGAUGAGGAGCCAGCCAAGACAACAGGUUCUGGAGAAGGUAAUUCAAGUACAUUAUCACCAAACAUUUAUAGAACACCUACAGUGCAGGCAGUGUUGUACUGGCCAGUCUC